AUUUCUUCAUUAAUUGGAAUAAUAAAAUAAAAUAGAAAUAGUUAAAUAUUUCAGUGUUUAUAAAGUUAGUGUUGGAUUCGGCCAUUUUAGUUCGGGGAGUGCCGGGGUACUGACAGGUGCUCCAUCUCUCGUGUUACAAUUGUUUCUAAAUAAUUUUCAAUGUGAUAAAAAGGAAAAUUUAAUUUUUUAAUUAAUUUACAAAUUUUUGGAAUAUAAUUUAUUAGUGUUUUUAUUAAAGUGUUGACUAUUGAAUAAUAAAAAUAUUUUGUCGGCCAUGUGCAGUCGCACACCCUGUGAGUAUUCGCCAAUCGGAACGAGUCACGUGACCUCACUGAGCCAAUCAACGAGACGGGAUUUGAAAUCGUGCGUGGUCUUUGUCUACGAGUCUGCCCGUCAGUUCCGUAAAGAGGGCCGUUUAUACAUGUCCGUUUAUACAUGGUCGCUGCCGAAAAUCGCAUAAUUUUCCUGUAAAUAUAUGUGUGAAAGUGAUAUUUGAUCUCAAAGACGACAAACGAUUAAGCUCGUCAAUCUCACGUUGCGUGAAUGUUGGAUACAGAGAGUAGAGGCACUGGGCUAGAUCAGGGACCAACGAGGGACCCUUGGCUCACAAUGGAUUAUUAUUUAGGAAGUGAUAGCCUAUCUCUUCAAGAGAUGCUGGACGUCGAUAUUAAAUCAGAAAUCGAGGGAGUUAUUGGCGGUCAUACGGAACUAGGAUUCAGCUUCACGGAUCUAUCGCCCCUAGAAUUAGAUGACGAUCCAGUUGGAUGUCAUGGUGAGCUUAAUGGAUGGUUCGGCGGCCACACAUGUCUAUUAAACGGAAACAGCAAUAGCUCCAAUAGCGGUGGUGAUGCAACAACAAUAAUGGUAAAUCCAAAUUCAGUAAUGCCACACAUGGCAGUAAGAAGUCCAUCACCUCGAAGGCAUUUUUCAUUCUCCCCAACACAUGAAAUAAAAGAAGAAAAAGUCGAUGUCGAUGAUGAUAAUGAAUUAUUGGAAUUUGAAAAUGAUUAUGACAAUGAUAAUGGUGAGGAAAAUGAAAAUGAUGAUAAUGACACUGAAACGGAACAAUAUGUUGAUGAUAUCACAGAGACAGAAGAUGAUUAUGAUGAUGAUGAAGAGGAGGAAGUUCAACAACAAAAACCAACACCAACAACAGUAACACCAACGAUAAAAUCGAAAUCAUUAAUAUUGCCAACAACAACAAUAAAAACAAUGUCACCACAAAUUGCAAAAUCGCAUACAAUGCCAAAAAUGAAUGUUGGCAGUAUAAGAGUACAAAAUUAUAAAGUUAUACAAAAUCAAAAUCAAACAUCAUCACAUGUGAGAAAACAAAUUUACAAUAAUAAUGUUCAUGUCAAUAGUUCGAAUUCAACUGCCGUACAAACAAAAAGGGAUAAAGAUUUUGAUCUAUCGGAUUAUGAUGAUAAACCAUAUCCAAAACCAGCGUAUUCCUAUUCAUGUUUAAUAGCAAUGGCCUUAAAAAAUAGUCAAACGGGAUCACUUCCCGUGUCUGAAAUUUACAACUUCAUGUGCGAGCACUUUCCGUACUUCAAAACAGCGCCAAACGGAUGGAAGAAUUCGGUGAGGCAUAAUUUGUCAUUGAACAAGUGCUUUGAAAAAAUUGAAAAACCAGCAGGAAAUGGAAACCAAAGGAAGGGCUGCCUCUGGGCAAUAAAUCCCGAUAAAGUCGCAAAAAUGGAUGAGGAAGUGCAAAAAUGGAGUCGAAAAGAUCCGCUCGCUAUUAAAAAGGCAAUGAUUUAUCCCGAUCAUUUGGAAUUACUUGAACGUGGUGAAAUGAAAUAUGCCAGUAAUGGCGAUUUAUCGGCGGAAGAAUCGGAAAGUUCAGGUGAUGAAACAGCUGAAGAGAGUCCAGCAUACGAUGAACCGGUACAUAAUCAUGUGGCUGCCAAUUCAGUGACUGACAGCUAUGACGAGAGUAGUCAGGAUAUUGAUAUCACUGAACAUCUUUACGAUGAAAUUGACAUCGAGGAUAAUAAAGAAGCCCUGCAUAUGCAAUUAAAUAUCACUAAACAAGAAUCAUUUGAUUAUGAAUUGAGUCCAAGUGCAAAGAGGCAAAAAACAAUAACCGGAACUCUACAGGGAAAUUAUGUAUAUCAACCAGUGUCAUCAUCGCGAAGAAAAACGCCUUUAUUAUUACGACCUGGUGCCACCACAGGUUCUUUUCUUAAAAUCGAAUAAGUUUAGGUAUCACUUUAUAUUAUUUUUUUCUUCUAAUAUCUACAGCGCCAAAAGUCUCUGAAACUCUUCAGCGAUCACGAUUUAAAAAAAAAAAUCUCUCGAGAAUCGAAAAAAUGUUCUCUGAAUUAUAAUAUUCAAAUAAUUUUUUGUUUCGUGUUAACUUGGCCUAAAUCAUGAAAAUUUCAAAAGUUAUCCUUUUGAUAAAUAUUUACGAAUUUUUUUCCAAAAAAAAGUAUUUCCUACAUUUUUAGAAUGUAUUGAAACAAAUACAAUUAUUAAAAGAAAGAAAUUUCAUGAAGAAUUUGUCCAAAAUUUAUCCUCGAAAAUACGCUUUUUCGAGGAAAUAAAUUUCUAAACGACAUUUUUCGAUAAAAAAAAGUCAAAUUUUUUUUUGUUUAGAAUAAUAUAAAAAAAAAAAUGUUCGGUGAUGAUUUGUUGUGACUUUAUAUAUAAAGAAAAAUUAUUUUGUAAAAAAUAAACCAAGUAAAUAUUAUUUUAUUAAAUAAUUUUGUAUAAAAAAAAAAGAAAAUGAAAGAUAAAAGUAUGUGAUCCAUACAAUUUUUAUUAUUAUUAUUUUUUUCUCUAUUAUAACCGUAAUAGGCGCAUAAUUUUUAAUACAAACAUUUUUUGUACGAUGACUUAGAAUUUAAUUCAAGCCUUUUUCACGAAAAUAUUCGUGAAAUCGAUUAGACAAAAUGAAUAAGGGAUGGUAGUUCGAUAUGUGAUAAAGAAAAAAAAAGAAAAAAAAAUUAAAAUACACCUAAAAUAGAUAGACUAUUUUUUACCAUGCAACUACAUUAUUUUUUUUAGUUCAAAAAGGGGGGAAAAAACCGUGAUUUUUGAAUAUAAACACUUUCAAUUAUUAUGCCGGAAUUAAAUCCAAGAAUUGCCGAAAUUUAAUUGUAAGAAAAUUAAAAGAAAGUGAAAAAAAGCUAGAGAAAUGAAAAUUUCAAAGUGCGAAUCAAGUUUUUUUAGUGAGAUUCCUGAGAGUUUUGUGUCUUUUGGAAAUAUAUAGUAUAUAUAUAUAUAGAAAUAUAUAAAUGGAUAAAAACAAAAAAAGUGUAUGUUGAGUGUGAAUUUUCGUUGAGCAACGACUUUCUUUAACUAUAUAUAGUUUCGCGAAAUGUAUAGUCGCAAAUUACGGACAAGGAUAUAAUUAAUGUAAAGGAUUAGGCAAAUGCCAAUUUAUCCUAAUUUUUACUAAACAAAAAUAGGAUAUUAUUACCCUUGUAAAUGGUAUUUCAUAUUUGUACUGAAAAAUUCUCGAACGAACCGAGAUGAUCUUUAUAUAAAAAAAACAAACAAACAAACAAACAAACCUAAUUUGAUAAGUAUUUGGUCAUUUUGAUGGCCAGACUGAUAAUUAUACUUUUUUACACGCUGCUGGACUAAGUAAUUAAAUGUAAAUGUCUCUAACAAUUGUAUGCCUGACCGAAUAUAUAGGAAACUUAGAUCCACAUAAAAAAAAGUACAAAAGGAUACAACUAGAGGAAUCUGAAUUGUAAAAUUUUGUAGUAUAAUCAAGAAUAAUGUGCUUCUAGUUUAUAUAUUUAGUAGUUUGAAAUCCAUCUUUUUAGGUCAGUGAAAUUUAAAGAAAGAAAAAAAGGAAAAAAAAAAGGUUUCACGAGAUCUUUAAAAAGAAAAAAAAUAAGUCCUUCCGCCUACGAAACUACUUAACUUUUUAUUAAUCGUAUACUAGUGUGAAUUACCUCGACUAUUUAACCGCAUUACGAGUUAUGACUGUCAGGAUAGGAAUGUGCGUAUCUGUCUUUUAAAAUUGACAGAUUUUUUUCAUUUUUUUUUUUUUUUUUUUUUUUUUUUUUUUAAGGAGUCCAACGCAGUAUUGGAAGUUCUUGUCAGAAUAUGAUUAUUAAAGAGUGCUGCUACGUAUUAGUAAAUUAGGGAACUGUAUAAUUGUAUAUAAAAAAAGACCCAUCUUAUUUCUUUCGAAUUCGUAGGCCGAUUAAUUUUGACCUUUAUUCUACAUUUGUCCCAAACUAGAAACAAAACAAAAAAAAACAUUGUAUUCUCUAUAUUUAGCUAUAUUUUUUGCAUUUAUUGCAAAUUAUCAUCGCAUUAUGUAAUUUAAGAAGUUUCUUUCAUGUUUGCAUUUAUUUUUUUCAUCGUCGCUUUUUUGUGUUCAUUAUUUGAAAUCCGAUAUAUAUUUUUGCUCUCAGGUAUAUAUUAAUCCCAACCUUACGGAAAAUAAAAAAAAACAACACAUUUGUAGGAUCAGAAAUGGGACCAAUGUCAUAUAAUAUUUUUAAGUUCGAUAAGUUUCUUUCCGUUUCAUUUUAAAUUUAAGCUAGAUCUGAACGCUUUAAUAAAUAAGUUUUUUGUAUAGGGCAGUCUUGUAAAUAUGUUUUUUUUUCGUUUUUAGAAUAAAAUAUCGAUAGCUUUUAA